CAGGACCAGAAGAGCAACAAACGGUAGCUAAUGUACAGUAAAAGCCUGCAUCUAUGUGACACUUUGCCAGCAGAACCGAAAACACAAUCAGAGCCUAAAAUCUUCACGACAAAGUAAACCAGCCAUAGGAGUGAUCACCCCCAGCCCACAUCUGACAAAAAGGAUGAAGACAAUACUUCCAUGACCUCCUUUGAUAUCGCCGUGCGAGGCCUCCCUCUGGCCUUGAUAUCCAUGACACAAGCCGCCACCUCUGACUCGCGUUUCCACUUGAAAUGGCGGGCGAUCACUGUGGCGACCCUGCUCGCUUUAGUGCUCAUGUUAUAUCUGCACCGGAUAGUCGGGGACAGAGAUGCUCCAACCAAAGGUUACUACCGCAACAAGGUUCAUGGUUUUCAAAUGCACAGUGAGGGCGAGGGCGACACCCUCAGGGACGCUGACAGGCAAACCCCACAAAACCUCGCCUUACACAAGAAAAGGGAAAAACGUUACAAUGACACAUACCCGCUAAGUCCACCUGAGAAGACCCGGCAUGGUAUCCGCUACCGAAUAGGCAUCAUUGCAGACCUGGACACAGCGUCAAGGAGCUCCAAGGAUCAGACGUGGUUCAGCUACAUGAAAAGAGGCUACCUGACUGUUUCGAGCAGCGCUGACAGACUGGAGGUGGAAUGGGAUGUUGAGACAGUCACUCUGGAGAGUCACCUGGCAGAGAAAGGACGAGGUAUGGAGUUGUCUGAGCUCGUGGCCUUCAAUGGUCACCUGUACAGUGUGGAUGACCGUACUGGUGUGGUGUACAGGAUCGAGGGAAGCCACGCCGUCCCCUGGGUUAUAUUACCUGAUGGUGAUGGUUCCGUCUCCAAAGGAUUUAAGGCUGAGUGGCUUGCAGUGAAGGACGAGCACCUGUUUGUUGGCGGUCUGGGGAAGGAGUGGACCACCACCUCCGGGGAAGUCAUCAACAACCACCCAGAGUGGGUGAAAGUUGUUGGCUCUAACGGGGAUGUCGAGCAUGAAAACUGGGUGCCGCACUACAACGCCCUGCGGAGCGCAGCAGGGAUCCAACCACCAGGCUACCUUAUCCAUGAAUCAGCGGCUUGGAGCGAGCGUCUCCAGCGCUGGUUCUUCCUCCCUCGCCGCGCCAGUCAUAAGCACUACGAAGAGACCGCAGACGAGCGCCGAGCCACCAACCUCCUCCUGUCCUGCCCCACCGACUUCUGCCACAUAACAGUACGGCACGUUGGACCAUUCAACCCAACCCAUGGCUUCUCCUCAUUUAAAUUCGUUCCUGAUACGGACGAUCAGAUCAUCCUGGCCCUGAAAUCAGAGGAGGACGCUGGCCGGAUUGCCACCUAUAUCAUUGCGUUCACACUAGACGGUCGGGUGCUGAUGCCCGAGACAAAGAUAGGAGAUGUGAAGUAUGAAGGGCUGGAGUUUAUCUGAAAGCAGCAGCAGUCCUCCAGCAGUUAGCAGAUGGAGAGAGUGUAACAUUCCCUUCUGGUUAUACUGUGACUGAGAGGCACAAGACUAGACGUCAGGGUAGGAGGCUGCUAUGUAACCAAGGAAGGACAAUGAAGUGUCAUAAACCAGACCUGCAGAUUGAUGCAGCCAAGUUGUCACUAGUCAGCCUGCACCAGAUAAGAUUUUUAAUGUUUUAAAGUCAAAACUACUUCAUAUCAAUGCUGCGAGAUCUUCAUUUUUUAUAAACCUUGAGUUAAACAGCCUCGAAUAAAUCAGCAUUACGGAUAUUCUGUAGUUUUCUGGCGUAAAAGGUAAGUAAAUUAGAAGCCUUCAGUCCGUCAAACACCACGUAAAGUUACUCUCCUUUUCUGCAGCCAAACUCUGCUGGUCAGACACUCAGGGGAACAAACAUUAAAGAGCAUUGAAAAAAAUAGGAGUGAAUGUUCUUACAUUACUUGAAAUAUGACACCUACUCAUUACUUUAUGUUUUACUUUACCUGUUUGGACACACUGAACUCUCUCUUAUCUUUACUUGACAUUUAUCAACUGCUCAUUAAACUACAAGCAAUAAAUUGUUCUGGUUCAGUUCACAUUUGUUGAUAAACUGAAUAUUACAGAAGCUUCUCAAGGCAGAGAACAAAUGAAACACCAGCUGAUUUAUUUAAAGAUUAACCAUUAAUAUAUUGCAUUUGUAUCCUCGUAAAAGGAAAAUAAUUAAAACUUGUCUUGUUUAAA